AUAGCCUAUCAGUUUCUGCAAAAAACUUAGGCUUUCAUUUUCAUUCACCUCCUUGGUUUCCAGGAUGAUGCAGAUCAGUUCAGACGGAGGCUCUCUUGAUUCUGCAACUACAAGCUGCAAGGAGCCAGAUUCAUUUCUUGCUUUAUUCCUUUUGUAUUUAACAGCAAGGGCUUCACCGCUCCAUCUGUCUCAUUGCUGUGGAGAGUCUGGGAGCUACUGGUGGAGAAGUAAACAUAAAAAGUGUUAAUCAUUUCACUGCUAAUCAUUUGAAUGACCAUAUAUGGUGCUACUUAGAGAGAAAGACCGCUUUCUUUUCCUGGUUUUCCUCCAAGCUUCUCAUUAGCUAGUGUUUAGUUGGUUGAUGGAAGUUUUUAGCAAGAUAGCUAUUUGUGAAAACAUUACUUCAAAGCCUGUUCAUAUUUCAGCAGAAUAACAACCAGAAGUAGCCGAAAUUUUUGUCGAGAGGAUGGAAUUAUACAUGCAUGACCAGAAGUUUCUACACAAGUAGUCGCUGCUAGCCUUUCCAAGAGCAGAGCAGAGCCAUUCGGAGGAAGGCAUUGCUGCCAGAUGGUUAUCAACAUCACAGCUUUUUAGUUGCAGAAUUGACAAACAACAGACAAAAAAAUCCAGCUAUUUCUAUUUAUACCUGCCUGUGCCGUGGUGACUGUGACGACGUGGUGGAUGCAGCAUUUCCCCCAUGUUGUGGACGGCUCUGGACUCCAGGUGCAGCCGCGCACUGGGUGCAGAGGGCUCGUUUCUGAGGGAGAGUUUUAAAUAUCAAGCAGCAAAGAGAAGAUUUUGGUAAAGGCAGUACACGAGUAUAGUUUUAAAAUUGCUAUUGUACUCGUUCCUAUCUCAUCUGCUCGAUUAUUCCAUCUUCUGCGUAUUACAUUGCUCUUAAACAGUUUUUAAAUUAUCCCGAGAAGCUUACCUGCAUGUGACCUAGCUGGGUUUACCUACAGUGGGGCACACCGUGUCUGUGCUCUGUCGGUCACGGAGUGAGGGCGACGCGAGGCGACGCGAAGGGUGGCCAUGGCGCUGGUUCCCUACAGCGGCGGCGGGGCCCUGCCCGGCUUGCACAGCCCCGCCGUCACCUACCACUUCGCCGGCCGUCCCCUCCGCAUCGAGCAGAGCUGGGCGCAGCAGGGCGUCGCGGCCGUCGUCUGGGACGCGGCCGUGGUGCUGUGCGCUUACCUGGAGGCGGGAAGCGUUGAUCUCCGUGAGCGGACUGUCAUCGAGCUGGGAGCCGGGACCGGCCUGCUGGGAAUAGUGGCCGCCUUGCUGGGUGCUCGCGUCACCGUCACGGACCGGGCGGCAGCGCUGGCGCUCCUGGAGUCAAACGUCCGGGCUAACCUACCCCCCGAGCUUCAGCCGCGGGCUGCCGUGAAGGAGCUCACCUGGGGAAAGGACCUAGGCGGCUUCCCUGCCGGGGCGUUCGACCUCAUCCUGGGCUCAGACAUCGUCUACCUGGAAGACACUUUUGCGGAUCUGCUUCGGACGCUGGAGCACCUGUGCGCCGCGCACACCGUCGUCCUGCUGUCCUGCCGCAUCCGCUACGAGCGGGAUCUGAGCUUCCUGGAGAUGCUGAGAGGCCGUUUCUCCGUACAGGAGGUCCACUACGAUCCCAGUAAGGACGUACAUGUAUACAAAGCGCAGCGGGCCGGUCGCAAGGAUGAAAUUUGACUCCCUGCUUUGUUAGUAAGCCAUCGAUGCUGUUCAAUCCUCCCCUUGUUUCUACCGAAUACACUUGUUUUUAAGCAUAAAAUUGCAGGGAUUGUAUUUUUUCCACUGGCUUGUCCGAUGUGGCAAGGAUUGUGCACGCUAGCAAUCUGCCUGUUGAACCUGUGCUUAAUUCCUCGAUACGAGAUGUAUAAAGUCUUCCACUGACUUUUCAUCUAAUACCAUUUCUCGAAGCUGAUUUAAAUCGUAGACAUCUCCAUGUAUGUAAAACAUUAUUAAAAGAUCUGUUGUUUAAAAUCAAA